GCAGAUAUGUGCUCACUGCCUAGCUACCAGUCUUGCAUCUCUAACUAUAUAUACACAUACAUGUAGCAUCCUGCUCCAUCUUAACUAGCUACUACUAGUGAUGAGCAGAAUCAACCUCAUGCAGUAAUAUGCUGUGCUGAUCGAAUUAAUUUACACAUAUAUAGAUAGAUAGAUAGAUAGAUCGUUCGACCAAUCGAGCUAGCUUGAGCAAACUGAUUGACCUGGUGAAGUGGUAUAAUUAACGAGCAGAUCAUGGAGGAUUGCAGCAGCUGGAUCCAUGGCUACGCCAACGCUAACGCCACCGCCGGCAACAACGGCUUCAUGUGCGGCUACGCUGCCAGCUGCAGCCCAGUAGAGUUUCAGCAGCAGCAACAGCUGGUCGGCUCGCAGAUUGAGCACCACCUCAACCAGAUCAGCAUGCAGAUGGGGAUGGAUGACGAGUCGGCGGUGUACGACGGCGCCUCCAUGGUGGACGUCCUCCUCAUGGCUUCCUCGUCGCCGCACCACCACGCCGGCGCCGGCAGCUUCCAGUACUCCUCGCCGACGUCCUCCUCCGCCUCCUUCCGCUCCGCCUCCGUCUCGUGCAGCCCUGAGAGCUCGGCGGCGGCGACGACGCACUUCCUCGGACCGCCGGCGCCGUCCGCGGCGGCGGCGGGGUUCCAUUACCCGGAGGUCUCCUCGCAGGCGCCGUUGCCACUACCCUUGCCGCCCUACGAGCCGCAGCACGGCCAAUACACCACCGUCCUCUCGCCGCCGCCGCCGGCGCCAGAGUUGCCGGCGACUACUACGCCGGCGACCGGCGGCGCGUUCAGGCGGUACGCGCGGCACCUCCGCCCGAGGAGGCUGCCCAAGCCGGGAGGGUGCGGGCAGAGGAUGUUCAAGACGGCCAUGUCGGUGCUCACCAAGAUGCACGUGGCGGCGACGUACAACCGCCAGUACUACUACCAGCAGGCGGCAGCCGCCGCCGCGUCGGCGUCGGCGGCCGAGGCGCCGCCGUCCGGCAACCAGCUGCAGCACAUGAUCUCGGAGCGGAAGCGGCGGGAGAAGCUCAACGACAGCUUCCUCGCCCUCAAGGCCGUCCUCCCUCCCGGCUCUAAGAAAGACAAGACAUCGAUACUGAUCAGAGCAAGAGAGUACGUAAAAUCUCUCGAGUCAAAGCUGUCAGAGCUGGAGGAGAAGAACCGGGAGCUAGAGGCGAGGCUAGCCAGCCGCCCCGCCGCCGCCGCCAAGAACGACAAAGGCGAGACGGCGGCGGCGCCAGCGCCGGAAGCCGGCGAUGAGACGAAGCGAAAGGACCUAGUAGAGAUCGAGGUGACGACGAGCGGCGGCGGCGCCGGAGCGGCGGAUGCGGCGGCGGCGGCGGGAGGAGAUCAAGAGACCUGCACGCUCAACGUAGACUUGCGCGGCGGCGGAGGCGGCGGAGGCAUGAGCACGACGGACGUUGUGCUCCGGACGCUGCAGUGCCUGAGAGAGCAGAUCGGCGACGGCGCCAGCCUCGUGGCGAUGAGCACCAGCGCCGGCUCCGGCGGCCGCCCGCCUCGUGCAAACCUAACAUUACAGCUCAAGGUGUAAUUAAUUAAUAAAAAAGCAUUCUACUAAAGAAGUUAAAGGAAAAAUCUGUCUCACAUCUCAGUGAUCAGAAAAAAAAAAGAAGAAAAAGGGAGGUGCCAUCAGUGCAAAAUAGCAUGCAUGCAUGCAAGCACAUUGUUGACAGCAUGAUUGUACAUUUUUCUCUCUUAAGAUAAUGGAAAACCUUACACAUAU